AUGAGAUUAGGAAGUGGCGGCCCAACUCAAGCGCCUGUUUUGUCCCCUUUCCUGUUCAAUGUCGACAUAUCCCUGCUUCCCGAGAUACUUGACCGUAUCCCCGAUCUUCACGACUGUCUCUACGCGGACGACAUUACCUUCUGGGGCUGGAACGACGUCGGCUUCCACGGCUCCCGCCAGAUCCCGACGCCAAACAUGGACGCCCUGGCCGCGAUGGGCGUCAUCCUGCAGCGCCACUACACGACUCCAGUGUGCACGCCUUCCCGCUCGGCGUUCUUCACGUCAAUCUACCCAGCGCGCACCGGUAUGCAAAACAUACGCAAGGUUCAUUCACAUAUACAGCUCGUGAAGCCGAGGCCGGAAUGCGGUCCAGAACCAAUGGCCAACCUUGGCUACGACGUGCUCACGAAAGCCCCGAAGGUUGCCGUACCACUGACGUUUGAAUUUCUGCCGCAGUGGUUGAAGCGACAAGGAUACAGCACUCACAUGGUGGGAAAGUGGCACCUGGGAUACAAGAGCCUCGAGUACACUCCCACAUGGCGUGGCUUCGACUCCUUCUUCGGCUACUACAACGGCCAAGAAUUUUAUUAUAAUCACACCGUCGGAGAUGAACAGGGCCACUGUGGUUUGGACUUCUGGCGCAACGUCGGCCAUACAACACAAGUUGUCGCCGACCUCAAUGGCACGUACUCUACGGACGCGUUCACGGACGAGGCUAAGCGCAUCAUCGCCGACCACAACACUGAAAAGCACCCCGAGGACCCUCAUGGUGCCCGUUCACCCACUGACAUCGGUUCGAGGAAGCGAGGAAAUACAUCGAGUGAUAGCGAGAACACAGAGCUGAAAUCCACAUCAGGUGAUGAAUCCUCGGAAGACAGCUCUCGACUUGUCCAGUACCGCAAGACCAAACGGAGAAUUCUCAACGGAUCUUCGGCAUCCAGCUCGAACACCGUGAAAACUGCACCUCAACGAUGGACUCACUCCAUCCUCUUUGUGCCACGGAACGCCACUGACAACCUAUGCGUCCUCAACAGGCAAGCACUCUCCGUAUAUCUAGAGAACACCGUGCCGAACGAGAUCAAGAAUCCCCUGUUUUUGUACCUGGCCUACCAAGCAGUUCAUGCCGCCUGCGCAGAUUGCAACGUAGAGGCACCCCCAGAGAUCGUGGACCAAUAUGCCUACAUCACAGCUUACAACAGAAGUGUCUUUGCAGGCGCACUCCACGUGAUGGACCGAUCUGUGGGUGAGGUGCUGGCGGCGCUGCAGUCCCGAGGUAUGCUCGCCGACACCGUCGUGGUGUUCGCCAGUGACAACGGGGCCGCACCGCUUAGCAGCCAAUCAGUUUCCAACGCCGGCAACAACUUUCCCUUGCGCGGCGCCAAGGGGGACGUGUGGGAAGGAGGCGUCCGGACGCCGGCGGUCUUCUGGUACGGCCGUCGCAGCGGCCGCCUGCCGCGGCCGCCAUCGCAGCACGUGAUGCACAUCGUCGACUGGGCGCCGACUUUCUACGCGGCCGCAGGUGGAGACGUUUCGGACCUCGGCGACGUGGACGGAAAGAACCAGUGGGAGGCGCUGACUGAGCGCAAAUGCAUCGAACGCCGGGACGUAAUCCUGGAGAUUGAAGGCCGGAACGAGGCGGCGGCCAUCAUCUCCGGCAGGUACAAACUGGUAAACCGCUCCGAGGGAUACUGCGACGCGCUUCUCGACAGUCGAAUUCCCCUGCCGGAAGGAGAACCUCCCGAAGAGCUGGACCUCGACGCCCUCAUGGUAUCGUCCGAGGCCUGGAAAGCUCUGCAGGAGGCGUCCGCCGACUCGGGGUCCCGCCUCCACUCUGCCCCGAGGGCCGACUGGCGCCGUGAGGCAGCCGUCACGUGCAGCGCCGACGGGGCAGACGACCUCGCGGCGGACGACUUUGACCCCUGUGCUACCGUCUUCGUGUUCGACAUCUUCAGCGACCCGUGCGAGAUUAACAAUCUGGCAUCAUCCUUACCCGAGGUGCGCGACGAUUUACUAGGUAGACUGACAACGUACCGUGCGACCAUAUUAUCUCCUCGCCCGGCGAAUAACGAAGCGGACGAGCGUGGUUACCCGCAAUACCAUAACUGCACCUGGUCGCCCUGGUUAGACGUGGAACCAUCGCCGCGCGCAGAAUGCCCCUGCUAAAAAGACUGUCAUCGCACAACAAACUUCAGACGCGAUUAGGUCACCAUGUGACACUACGCGCUAAGCUCUCAUUACUGUCAUAGUUAGCUCAGCCUCAUGAUGUUCAGUGUUUAUAAUAGUAAGGAAAACCUCCCCCGCACAACAUGAGCAUUUUCCCCCCAGGUAUACUUGAAGUCGCCGUCACUAGGUAACGUUGUCGAACAUGAUCUCCAAAUUGUUGUUUACACCAAACACGUCUGGCACACUCACCAACUUGCUGUGUUUGUGAGAAGGAUUGGACCAUAGAUCAGUUUUUGAUUGAUUGUCAACAAUUUAUCAACUGGCAAAAAAAAACUUAGAAACACCGUUCCGCCUUCUCGAACGUAUAUACCUGUUCUUUGAUACUAUUAGAUGCCUCGACUCUCACAAACAGCGAUAGGAAAAUUCUCACUGGCAUGCCUGACUUGCUGUUGGGUGUUGUGCGAUUGAAUUGCAAAAUGCAGACGAGAACAUGGUUUCUUUUCUCGCCGGAUUUAGUGUCGGUUUGUAUUGUUUGCAUUUCUGCAGAUUUCUCUUUAAUUUUUAAUAAAAUACGCUCGCCAAGUUCCACCACACCA